AACCCUAAUUUUCUAUUUUCUCUUUUCUCUUUUCUUUUCCUACGGGUCUCAAAUUUUCUUUCAGUCCAGAGACAUGUCCGAAACCCUAACCGAAGAUUUCACCUUAGGUUACACAGGUGCUUUCUGGGACUACGGCACUUUACCAAUCCCUUGUGGUACCAAUCCUUUUCGUAUUCAUGUAAAGGUCUUGGAAGCUCUUGAGAGAAAGGGACUUAUUGGUUACUUGGCAAUCUGGUUUUUUGAUGAUCAACCACCAAUGCCAGAUUUGAAAGAAGCUCAAUUCUUCUUCCCUAUAGGAGUUCCGAAAGAUGAAUCUGAAAGAGCUAAGAGGAUGAUCAAGGAUAUUGUUCUGUUUGCAUUGGACAACAGUCUUUGCCAUGAUGAACUAGGCAAUGUGAUGGUAGUCUCAAAUACCAUCUCACAAGAACCAGAGUUGAUCAGUGUUCUUAAGGCUUUGGAAUUGAGAAACCACAAUGUUCUCUUGGUACAAUCCGAUAGAGCAAAGAAGGCUGAUUUUCCUACCUUAAGCCUUGAUUGGCUCUUCAUAACCCUGUUAAAUGAUGAUGAUGAUGAUGCUGUCAUGGACGGAGAUUAUGGCGACAAAGUUGGCGAUGAAGCUAUUACAAAAAGGAAAAACUACUUUGCAGAAAGGAAAAGAGCUCUCAGAGAAAGGAGGAUAGCUUUCGCAAAAAGGAAAAAUGCUCUGGCGAAAGAGAAAAAUGCUCUUGCGAGAGGGAAAGUUGUAAAAGCUACCACCGGCGUCUUCUGGGACGUGUCGGAUUGUCCACUGCCUGAAGGUUUCUCUGCCCGGUCAGUAUAUUUCAGUAUCAAAUAUUCUAGUAAAGUUCAUGAUUAUGGAGACAUGUCAGUAUUCACUUACGGUAACAGCAAGAAUACAAUGCCUUCUGAAUAUUCUGUCGAAACCCCCUUCUCCCUAGGGGGAAAUAUAGUUCAUGCUCAUGCUGGAGAUAAAGAAUCUAGAGUUUAUAAGAUGAUGUGGGACAUUCUUCUAUGGGCAUUUGACAAUCAUCAGACUUCAGGACUAAAUUUGGUGGUAAUCCUCUCGUCAGAAGACAAAGAGUUUGUCCGUACUUAUGCCUACAUCGAGUUUGUGGACACUCUUCUCGAAUUGAAAGCAAAAGGUUACAAUGUACUCUUAGUACAACCUGAAAUUGAGAGCGCAGCAUCGAAAGACCUACUUGGUUCUGUAAGCUCGAUAUGGCUUUGGACAAGUCUAUUACAACAUUUCAAUUCAGCAAAAGAUGUGGAGGUUUUGGGGAUAGAAAGAUUGAAGAUUGAGCUUCAGGCAAGGGGACUGAAAUGUGGAGGGACUCUGCAAGAGCUAGCUGAAAGGCUCUUCUUACUUAAAUCAACACCACUCCAUAAGUUCCCAAAGAAUUGUGUUUCUAAGAGAGAAGAAAAAGAAGAAAUGAAUGCAAGAAUGCAAGAAGAGCCAUGGUACCACACUUGCGAAGUAUGAUGUUUGAACGGGGAGGCACUGCAACAAACACCCUGUGACCUCUGUCCUCCAAUGUUGCAACUGUUGUUGCAAAGUCGGGAUCUCCUGAAAUGAUAAACAUGUGAGUCUUCUGCUCGUGUUGAUUUGCAUAGGCAUACAUUGAUAUUAAUAACAUCAUGUAACAUCCCAAGUUGUGAUAUGUAGAAAAGGCUUAAAAGAAUUGAUUUGACUAUCUAUGUCACCAAAGUUGACUUAUUUUUUCCGUCGCACAUCC